AUGACAGAAGCAAAAGAGGUGAAUAUCCAAAUUAUGAAUGUGAUAGAUGCCCCUACAGAACAACAAAGUCUCAAUGAAAAUAACCAAAUAACAGCAAAUCACCAUCCAGAGAAUGUGAUGCUUUUAGGAGAAAACCAAGUUGAAGAACACCAAAUGGAACCACCACAACCAGAUGAACAACGCCAUUCAGAAGAACAUCCACUAGAAGAACACCACGAAGAAGAAGAUGAUAAAUUGGAUUUAUUAACUUCAGGAUCUCUUUUUGAUGAUCCAAAAACAGCAGGAUUUAGAAAGACAAGAAAUUAUCAAACAGAACAACAGUCAGUUUUUAUUGCACUAUUAAGUAUGGUUUAUACUAUUGUGAUUGAUCACCCAAGAAAAAGAAGUAAAAUUACAUUACCAUUCUUUAAUGUAAUUCGUAUUUCUACUGAAAAAGAAGUUGUUGAAAUUAAAGAAAUUAUGUCAACCAAAUUACAACAACUUCAUGAUGAAGAUAUUGCCCAUGGAUGUAGUGAAAAAACAGCAACAAGAAGACAAGAAGUAUAUAGAGUGUCAGAACAACUUCAUAUUUUAAUGAAUUUAUUAAGAGAUGUUGGAUUUGAAAUUGAAUCAAAAAAAACAACGGGAAAUAAAGGAAAUCAAAAAGAAACUGCUAGAAAAAUUAAAUAUAACAAUUUUACAUUUGACAAAGAAUUUAUUGAAGAGAGAGGUAAUUUAAUUAAUGAGUUAUUAAUAAAAAGACUUGAAUCAAUUCCAAAAUCAAGUGAUUUAUCAAUUGAAUGUGGAGAUUCAGAAAUAGCAAAUAUAUUGAAAAUGGGAAGUCUUAAAAAUUAA